GCCGACAACGCCAGCUCGCGUGGUCUCGUCGCGCGUCCGCACUCCCCGCGAGCGAUAAUAAAGUCCUCUCCUCCAUUUCUGGCUGUUUCAUCAGUCUCAGAACAAGCCUUCCGCCCGCUGCACGUCGAGAGAGCUAGAGACGGCGUCGACGGCAGCCAUGGCCGGAGCCGGCCGCCGCCGCGUGGUGUUCUUCCCGUUCCCGUUCCUCGGCCACUUCAACCCGGUGCUCCGCCUCGCGGGCGCGCUGCACGCCCGCGGCCUCGCGGUCACCGUGUUCCACACCGAGCAGCGGGUGCCGGACCCGGCCGACUACCCCGCGGACUACCGCUUCGUGUCCCUGCCCGUGGAGGUGCCCCCGGAGCUGGUGGCGUCCGAGGACAUCGCCAGGAUGGGCAUGGCCAUGAACGACGCCUCCGAGGCCCCGUUCAGGGACCGGCUGGCCGCGCUGCUAGCCGAGGAGGCGGCGGAGGACGGCGGCGUCCUCUGCGUCAUCACCGACGUCGUGUGGUACUCGGCGCAGGCCGUGGCCAGGGAGCUCGGCGUGCCGGCGCUCGGCAUCAUGACCGCCAGCGCCGCCAUCUUCCGGGUCUACAUGGCGUACCAGACCUUGAUUGACAAGGCCUAUUUGCCCGUGCAAGACGCGCGCAAGGACGACCCAGUGGAGGAGCUGCCGCCGUACCUUGUGAAGGAUCUGCUGCGGCACGACACGAGCCGCCUCGAGGACUUCGCCGAGCUGCUCCGGCACACCGUCGCCGGGGCGCGGCAGUCCUCGGGCCUCAUAAUCAACACCCUGGGCGCCAUCGAGGCCGCCAACCUGGAGCAGAUCCGCGAGGACCUGUCGGUCCCGGUGUUCGCCGUCGCCCCUCUCCACAAACUGGCGCCGUCGGCCAAGUCCACCAGCCUGGGCGAGACGCAGGCAGACCGCGGAUGCCUCGGCUGGCUCGACACGCAGGAGCCCGGCAGCGUGCUCUACGUGAGCUUCGGGAGCCUGGCCGCCAUGGACCCGCACGAGUUCGUGGAGCUGGCGUGGGGGCUGGCCCUGAGCAAGCGGCCGUUCGUGUGGGUCGUCCGGCCCAAGCUCAUCCGCGGGUUCGAGUCCGGCGAGCUGCCCGACGGGCUCGGGGAGGAGCUGCGCGGGCGCGGCAUGAUCGUGAGCUGGGCGCCGCAGGAGGAGGUGCUGGCGCACCCGGCGGUGGGCGCCUUCUUCACGCACAGCGGCUGGAACUCCACGGUGGAGGCGAUCGCGGAGGGCGUGCCGAUGAUCUGCCACCCGCUGCACGGCGACCAGUACGGCAACGCCAGGUACGUGGCCGACGUGUGGAAGGUGGGCGUGGAGGUCGACGGCACGCAUCGGCUGGAGAGAGCGAGUAUCAAGGCCGCCAUUGAGAGGAUGAUGGACAGCGGGGAGGGGCGGGAGAUCGGGGAGAGGAUGAAGGGGCUGAAGAUGGCCGCGGAGGAUGGCAUCAACGAGCGCGGGUCGUCCCACACGCACCUCAGUGAUUUGGUCGCUCUCAUAAAAUCGUUCUGAAUUUGAAUUCCAUAUCUGUUUGAUGAUGAUGUGGUUGUCAUCUUGCUGAUUUGGUUUCUUUUCUCUCAUGUCGAAUAAAGGAAUCCUGUUUUCCGGUGGUUGAGACCGUCACAUGAACAAGGCCAGCGCAAACUUUGGGCUCA